AUGCAUAAGGACAAGACCUUUAUUCAAAUUCCUCAAAUGCCCAUCGACAUUCCCAUCAUCCACCAGAUCCCGAGAAACAGCAUAUUGAAUGACAGAGUUCAAUCUCUACCAAGAUGGAACCAAAACCAGCAACACAGGAUAUCAAUACACUAUAUUCAGAGUACCUGGGGAGAAUUAUCGGGCUUCAGAACAGCCAAGGCUCCAGAAAGGUCCGGGUCAACCCCGAUGACCCAACCCAGGCCGGGUUUUUCAGAUGUCAAGUUCCCAUCAAUGUCCGGCAACGGGCAGGACAGGGACUCCAACCAGUUCAGCCUAUAUUGGUUGGCGUUCAAAUUCGACUUUUUAUCCCUCGCGCCGCCACGUGAGCCACCGCCGUUGGACCUAGGUUUUGGGGUCGAGGGUUCUGAAACUAUUGUUACUGUUUCAGUGUCGGCGGAAUUCGCAGUGAGGGCCGUGGCGGUGGAGAUGGUGGAGAAGAGCCUGAACGUGGCGGGGGUGAGGCGGGAGAGGAGCUGUGAGGCUGGCUUGAAAGGGAUUGGUGGGAGGACGGCAACUGUAAGUAAAAGGAAAGAAAAAAAACCUCAGAGUCCCGUUGAAAAUCACACACGCUGCUCGACGGAAGCUACGCGAUCCCGACCGACGGACAAGGUUUUGCCACAAAGACAAAAGCAUGGUGCCGGUGGAUGGGAAAGGUGGAGAAGACAAUGA